AUCACAUGGCAGCCCUGCAGUCCUCGCCCUCUACAAAUAGCCUGCCGCAUCGCGGUCUCGUCCCACACGCUUCCACAGCACACUCUCGCACUCAACCGAGGCUCACACCUCCCGCCUCCGCCGCGACACCGCCACGGGCCAUGAAGCUGGAGGUCUCGCCGAGGCAGAGGACCCAGCAAGCGGAGCAGGGCGAGGGCGUCGCCGUCGAGCCAUGGAAGCGCCCGAGGCAGCUCUGCGCUAGCCUGGGCUACGGGGAGGAGGCGGAGGUGUCGCAGCUCCAGCUGGUGCCACCGCUCAACUUCGGCAUGGUCGACGACGGCGUCUUCCGGUCGGGGUUCCCCGACGCGGCCAACUUCCGGUUCCUCGCGUCCCUCAACCUGCGCUCUGUCGUGUACCUGUGCCCGGAGCCGUACCCGGAGCAGAGCGCGCGGUUCCUGGGGCGCAGCGGGAUCAAGCUCCACCACUUCGGAAUCCAGGGCCGCAAGGAACCGUUUGUCGACAUCCCCGAAGAAAUGAUCCGCGAGGCCCUCAAAGUCAUCCUCGACGUGAGAAACCACCCGGUGCUCAUCCACUGCAAGAGAGGCAAGCACCGUACCGGCUGCGUGGUGGGCUGCCUGAGGAAGCUGCAGAAGUGGCGCCUGUCCUCCGUCUUCGACGAGUACCUGCACUUCGCGGCGGCCAAGGCGAGGAAGACCGACCAGAGGUUCAUGGAGCUCUUUGACACGUCGAGCUUGGCGCAUCUGCUGGCCUCGCAGUGUUGAUGCUUUUUUUCCCUUUCUCUUCUACUACCUCUGUCCCGAUCAUGCCACCAUGCGGCUGCGACGACCUGUGUUUUUCCCGCGGUGAUUUACAGAGAAUAAUGUUAGAACAAUCAUGGGUCGUGUCUAUUAUUAUUAAGGACAGUAAAACCAAACCUAUUCCAAGCUC